GGCCGUGCUCCUGGAGCGGGGCCUUCUCCCGCCGCAGCCGCCUCGGCCUGGAGACCCCACUCGUGUCCCCACCUGGCCCGGUGCCGGGCUCCCCGCGCUCGGUUCCUGGUUCCCUGUAGCGCCCGGCGGCUGAGCGUGGUGCCUGAGACCGCAGAGCUCGUCGCCCAGCUCAGGGCCAUUACCGUGGGAACGCUGGGCGCCUCGGUUCCGCUUUUGUAGAACGGGCCCCGCCGCCGCGCCUGCUUCGCCGGGUUCUUGCAGGAGGAGCUCGUGAGUGGAUGCACGUGAAGCACUAAACCGCCUGGCUGUUCUCCUCAGCCCUGAAGACGGGCCGGGCAUCCCGCGGUGGCCACCGAGCGUUCGCGGCUGCACCGCGCGAGCCAAGUGUUGGGAAGAGCGUUCACCCUGGGGCGGGAGUGUGUGGGUGACCAGGAAGGCGUCAGCCUGGGAAGGACGGAAGGUGGAUUCGUUUGCUAGGGCCGCCAUGACAAAUACCACAGACUGAGUGGCUUGAAACAACCUUUAUUUUCCUCCCAGUCCUGGAAGGGAGCAGCCCGAGAUCACGGUGCCGGCGGGCGUGGUUUCGGAGGCUGCGCUCUCGGCUCUUCUCGGCCCGUCUUCCUGCGGGGUCCUCGCAGGCCUGGCCUCUGUGCGUGAGCGUCCCUGCAGGUCCUCCUCUUAAAGGACGUCAGUCAGAUUGGAUUAGGGUUUCCAUUGGAUUGGAUUCUAAAACCUCUUUCAAGGCCUGAUCUCCAAACACAGUUACAGCCUGAGGGACUUGCAGAGGAGGAAGUACAGCAGGUCGGGGGCGCAGUAAGAGAAGCAGAAGCAUCCUCUGGAAGGAGGCAUUUCAAGGUCGAGGCAGGCCGCCUGCUGACCACAUGUGGCAGGAAAGCCGGGGAGGCUGGGACUGAGGACAGGCCACUGUGGACAGGUCUGCUUCCGCACCUGAGUGAGGAUGGCAGCAAGGUUGCAAGGUCUCCUGAACGGUAGAGCAUGGACCCCGUGGCUGCCCACAGCUGCCACCUCCUCCAGCAGCUGCACGAGCAGCGGAUUCAGGGCCUGCUCUGUGACUGCAUGCUGGUGGUGAAGGGCGUCUGCUUCAAAGCUCAUAAGAACGUCCUGGCCGCGUUCAGUCAGUACUUUAGGAGCCUCUUUCAGAAUUCGUCAGGCCAGAAGAAUGAUGUCUUUCACUUGGAUAUUAAAAACGUGAGCGGCAUCGGGCAGAUCCUGGACUUCAUGUACACGUCUCACCUGGACCUUACCCAGGACAAUAUACAGGUCAUGCUGGACACAGCGCAGUGCCUGCAAGUUCAGAAUGUUCUGAACCUGUGUCACACGUUUUUAAAGUCAGCCCCCGUGGAACAGCCACCUGGCACGCCUUGUGACAACGGUGCGUUCUCCCUGCAAAGCGCCCUGGCUCCUGACACUACCUGUGUUAUGAAUGAAAACUACUCCCCUCAUUUACUGCAAGAGUGUUCAGCAGAUGUCCAGCAUGGGAAGGUCUUGGAUGAAUCGCACUGUCAGGCUCCACCACCAGGUAACCUUCCUCACCCUACAGGUGAAGCGUCCAAACAAACCCCUGAUGCAUUAGACGGCGGCUGCACAGAACCGCCUUUCAAACAGCCCACUUACUACUACAAACUCCGCAACUUCUACAGUAAGCAGUACUAUAAACAAGCUGCUUGUCCCAGUCAGGAGAGAAUGACUGAGCAGCCUUUCACCUUCAGCACCUCCACAGACCUCACUGCCGUGGAAAACCAGCCUUGCACCAUCAGCCAUCCCGAGUGCAUCUUGGAGUCCGCUGAGCACUUGCCAUCCAACUUCCUGGCUCAUCCUCUGGGUGAGUCAGCCCCAGACCCUGAGUCGCACAACCCAGGCCAACAACCUACCAAACAGAUGAGACUCAAAAAGGCCAUUCACCUUAAGAAGCUCAAUUUCCUAAAGUCACAGAAAUCUGCAGAGCAAACAUCUGAGCCCAAGUCAGAUGGCACUUUCACAAAGAGGGCUGACUGUGUCGGUGAAAAUGCUAUAGAGAAAGCUGGCAGCCAAAGUGCUGAGGAAAAGGAAAGUGAAGAACUCAGCAAUUCUGAGAAUUUUAAUUGCAUCAGUGAGGCAGAGAGGCCCGAAGACCCUGUGGCCCUGGAAGACCAGUCCCAGACGCUCCAGUCCCAGAGACAAUAUGCGUGUGAAUUGUGUGGGAAACCUUUUAAACACCCAAGCAAUUUGGAGCUUCACAAACGGUCUCACACAGGUGAGAAACCUUUUGAAUGUAACAUUUGUGGGAAACAUUUCUCUCAGGCAGGUAACUUGCAGACUCACUUACGUCGGCAUUCUGGUGAAAAACCAUACAUCUGCGAAAUCUGCGGAAAGAGGUUUGCAGCCUCUGGCGACGUCCAACGUCACAUUAUUAUUCACUCAGGAGAGAAGCCACACUUGUGUGACAUCUGUGGCCGAGGGUUUAGUAACUUCAGUAAUUUGAAGGAGCACAAGAAGACGCACACGGCCGAUAAAGUGUUCACCUGCGAUGAGUGUGGGAAGUCCUUCAACAUGCAGAGGAAGCUGGUGAAGCACCGCGUCCGGCACACGGGGGAGCGGCCCUACAGCUGCUCUGCCUGCGGGAAAUGCUUCGGGGGGUCCGGGGACCUCCGCAGGCACGUGCGCACGCACACCGGGGAGAAGCCGUACACGUGCGACAUCUGCAACAAGUGCUUCACGCGCUCGGCCGUGCUGCGGCGGCACAAGAAGAUGCACUGCGGCGCGGACGCCGACGGCCGCGACGCCUUGGAGGACUUCGCCCAAGCCGUGGACGCCUCUGACCUGGAGAAGUCGCAGGGCUCAGAUUCCUUCUCCCAGGACGUGUCUGUGACAUUGAUGCCCGUGUCUGUCAAGCUCCCCAUGCACCCGGUGGCACCUACGGGGGCAGACUUUGAGGGCCACGCUGCCAGCGCCUACUGUAAGUUCCGGCCCGCGGCUCAGCCCCCUGCAGCCAGCGACCCGGUGAAGCUCGGCUUGGAUCCUGGCAAACUCGCGAAGGCCCCGGGGCAGCCCGCGCCCCAUCAGGCCUUCGCUUACUCGGCCGUGGACGCCUCCCCCAGCGACGGGCCGCUGCCGGCCGACGGCCUGUCCGUGACCCGCUCGUCGCUGGCGGCCUUGGACAACCAGUGCGGCGACCCGCUGGGCAGCCGGGCGCCGGGCCCGGCCUGCCGCAGCUCGGAAGGCCAGUUUUUCUCCAGCAUGACUCUCUGGGGCCUGGCGAUGAAGACGCUGCAGAACGAAAACGAGCUGGAGCAGUGACGCCCGCGCUUCUCAACAUGGGCGGCCUCUUCUGCGUCCAGCCGGCGGCACCACGGAGACAGCCGGCUCCCCGCGACGGCUCCCCGCGCCCCCGAACGCGUGGCCGCUUCCCCCGACACGGCUGGUACCUGGAAGCUGCUCCAGCUCAGGGUUUGGGGGGACGGGCCAGAGGGGGGCUUACGUCGCAGAAGCCAAAGGCCUGAGAAAUCAUUUCACGGACUUCCGCCAGCGUGAUGGCGUGCGGACUUUGGGUCAACUACUGUACGUUUUGGUCAUGUUGAAAAAAAAAUAUAUAUAUAUAUAUAUGUGAU